AUGCGUCGUUAUGGGCCAGGUGGUGAAAAUGACAUUAUUCACGAGUCAUUCAUUAGUGACAGCGUCCUUAGAAAGACACUUUGUUUUGUCAAGGAGCUCAACCAGCAGAUCAUGUGCAAUCCAGAUUGGGAGAAGGAUCCCGAAGUUAGGGAUGCUCCGUUGGUUCAUGGAUUCAAAGCUGUUAUUAAUCACGAUUUGAAGCCGACCUACGUUGGUGCGUGCUCUCGUGGCGAUUUCGUUUAUGAAGAAGAAAGUCAAUUGACAGACGGAGCAAUUCAGCGAUGGAAAGCACAGGUGCGUCUGAUUUCACUAAAACGCUGCUGCUUUGGGGAGUCGACCCCAAUUGUGGGAUCCUUACUUGAAUUUUCAAAAACGAGACGAAUCAAUCAAUUGGGAAUUAUUUGUCACAAUCCCUCGACGGUUGAGAAGCUCAAACCCCAACUGAAAGCGUUGCUAGGCGAUGAGGUGAUUAUGGCUGCAGCAAUUCCUCGUUAUCUCGAAUUAGCGCCGCGCGAAGCUGGAAAGGCCCCAGCUGUUAGAAAGUUGUGUUCCCAGUUGGGCUAUCAACUUGAAAAUAUCGCGUAUCUCGGUGAUGGAGAGAAUGAUGAGGGCGCUAUGACCAUCUGCGGGCAUGCAAUCGCUAUGGGAAAUGCAAUUCAACGAGUCAAAGAUCGAGCAGAUGUUGUCACGAGAAGUAACGAUGAUGAUGGAUGGGCGAUUGCCGUUAAUGAAUUACUUGAUGCCAGAAGAAAGUAA